CUGUGGAGCAUUCUGUAGUCAGUCUCAGUUUCAUCCCAGCGCUCGAUCGGAAUGGAUUACUUAACCAUAUUCCUCGUGAUUCUGCUUUCGCUGCUACUUCUGUACGAACUGUACCUUCGAACAUCGCCGGGAUAUCGAGCAGCGAAGCAGUUUCCUUCGCCACGACCGUUACCCAUCUUCGGUGACAUAUUCAUACUGCUAUCCCGGGAUCUAGUGAGCACGUUCAUGCUUGCACGUGAAUUAGCUCAACGGUUCAAUGACUCGUACGGACUAUUGCUCGGCAGUGGGCUAAUCGUCAACGCUAUCAGAGCAAAGGAAAGUGAAGCUCUGCUGUCGAGCACUCGGCUGAUCGACAAGAACUUGAUCUACACCUUUUUGCACCCAUUUCUGGGUGUCGGACUGCUGAACAGCACCGGAAGCAAGUGGUUCCACCGUAGGAAGAUCCUAACGGCAGCGUUCCAUUUCAACAUUUUGCCGAAAUUUCUGAACACGUUUCAUGAAGAGUGUGAAAAGCUAGUUCAGCGAUUGAACAAGGAUGUGGAACAGGGGAAAACGACUUCACUGCAGCAGUUGGCGGCACGCUUCACGCUGAACACAAUCUGCGAAGCUGCGAUGGGAGUCAAGCUGGAUUCGCACACGAUGGCCGAUGAAUACAGGGCAAAAAUUAAAGUGCUGGUGGAAUACUUGGUUCAACGCGUUAUGAACCCAUGGUUGUAUGAAAACUUCGUGUAUAAAAUGCUGGGUUUAGAAGCGCGUAUGAACAAGGUACUGAAGCCGAUACAUGCCUUUACCAAUAGUAUUAUCAAGCAGCGAAGGAAGUUGUUCCAUGCCACCGUCAAGAACCUUGAGGACUUUUCCGAGGAGAACAUCUAUUUCAAUACCAAUCAGCGAUACGCGCUCUUGGAUACCCUCUUAGCAUCCGAAGCACGAAACCAGAUCGAUGAAGACGGAGUGCGCGAAGAGGUCAAUACCUUCAUGUUCCGUGGACACGACACCACGGCUUCGGCCGUCACGUUCAUCUUCUUCGUAGUCGCAGAACAUCCGGAUGUUCAGCAAAAGCUGUACGACGAAAUUGAGGCGAGCAGACCUCAUUCGCAAUACACGGUUAAAGACUACAACGAGCUUCGGUACAUGGAUCGGGUGAUCAAAGAAUGCCUUCGACUGUACCCUCCGGUUCCCUUCAUCGGCCGAACCGUGUCGGAAGACAGCUGGUUCGCAGAUCGCUUCGUACCCAAGGGUUCGAUGGCAAACGUGCACAUUUGGGAUCUGCAUCGCGAUCCGGAGCAAUUUCCGGACCCGGAACGAUUCGAUCCGAAUCGGUUUCUACCGGAAAGUGUAGAAAAGCGAAAUCCGUACGCGUACGUUCCGUUCAGUGCUGGACCGAGGAACUGCAUCGGACAACGCUUCGCCAUGCUGGAGCUGAAAUCGAUUCUUACCGCCGUGCUGCGCGAAUUUCGUGUGCUUCCGGUCACGAAGCGUGACGAGAUUGUGUUUGUUGCCGAUAUGGUGCUGCGUGCGCGGGAUCCUAUCAAGGUCAAGUUUGAGCGGAGAAAUAUUUGAUUUAUUUUUUAAUGAGGUGCCAUAUUGAUUUUCACUAAUAAAAUUUUAUGAAAU